AUGGACGCAAUCAGUGGACAAGAUUUGAACGGCAGUUUCAAAGUGGCCAAUUUGGCUGUGGCUGCACUCUCAUUCCUCAUCGGCAUCUAUAUCAUUGGUUUCGGUGCCGUUCUAGGCCUUCUCGUCUACACCUUCAUUGGUGCCAGCAUCAACGGAGCCUCGUGGUUCCGUUUGUUCGCUGGAAUCUUGAUCUUCGUCAUUGGUUUGGUGUACAUUGCCUUGGAGGCCGUACCCAGCAUUUCUCCUCCCGAGAACAUGAGCCCUGAGGGUAUUUCCAUCGGGGUCCAGGACGAAGAUGUUGUUUGA